ACCCCACAACAUGGGGGCGUGCAUUAUUCCUUCUUGAGCGGCAGCAGAGCUCGCCCAAUCCCCACAAGUCUCACCCUGGCCGGCCAUCCAAUGGGAAGCGGUAAGGAAAAAAGGGAGGACCAGUGAACCAGCAGCCGUCGAGCUCAUUGUUGUGGGAGCUCCUUAAAGGGGCCGUAUCCGUCACUGCCAACAGAGAGAGAAACGACCGAUUGACCGGGCCAAGCCCGGGCCGCCGCCUCCGCCGCCACCGUCACUGGGUUUCCGGGGAAGGCGCACAGGAGAGGCCGGGGAUCGGCCGGGCCUAUGGAGCCUCCGCCCGCCAAGCGCAGGUGCGGCGCCUCCGGGGACCAGCCGGAGCCAGGACCUGGACCGGCCACCGCCGCCGCCGCCGCCAUCCCCUUGAUUCCCACCACUGUGGAGACGCUUCUGGACCUGAGCGCCCGGCGGGUGGCGGAGACUUGGGCCUUCGAGCAGGUGGAAGAGCGUUUUUCCCGUGUCCCAGAACCUGUGCAGAAGCGCAUCGUUUUCUGGUCCUUCCCACGGAGUGAGCGAGAGAUAUGCAUGUAUUCAUCCCUUGGCUAUCACCCCCCAGAGGGUGAGCGAGACUCGCGUGUGCCCUUUAACCGUGGCCUAAAUUUGUUACAGUCGGGUGCUGUUGACCGUGUCCUGCAAGUAGGUUUCCACCUGAGCGGGAUUGUGACGGAGCCCCCAGGCCCCAGCGAGCCUGAGCACAGUUACCAUGUUUCCAUCAGCUUUGACCGCUGCAAGAUCACGUCGGUGAGCUGCGCUUGUGACAACCGGGACAUCUUCUACUGUGCGCAUGUGGUGGCGUUGUCUCUGCAUCGCAUCCGGCAUGCCCGCCAAGUGGAGCUGCGCCUGCCCAUCUCUGAGACAUUGUCCCAAAUGAACCGGGACCAGCUACAGAAAUUUGUGCAGUACCUGAUCAGUGCCCACCACACGGAGGUGCUGCCGACUGCUCAGAGGCUUGCUGACGAGAUUCUGCUGCUUGGCUCCGAGAUUAACCGGGUGCAUGGUGCCCCUGACCCCACAGCUGGUGCUGGGAUUGAGGAUGCAAACUGCUGGCACCUGGAUGAGGAGCAGAUCCAAGAGCAAGUGAAACAGCUGCUCUCAAAUGGAGGCUACUAUGGGGCAAGCAAGCAGCUGCAGUCCAUGUUCAACAAGGUGCGAGAAAUGCUGAGAAUGCGGGACUCCAAUGGGGCACGAAUGCUCAUCCUGAUGACAGAACAGUUCCUGCAGGAUCCACGCCUGGCCCUGUGGCGGCAGCAAGGAGCGGGCAUGACUGACAAGUGCCGGCAACUCUGGGAUGAACUAGGUGCAUUGUGGGUGUGUGUGGUCCUGAGCCCUCACUGCAAGCUGGAAGAGCGGGCUCUAUGGCUGCAGCUUCUGAAGAAGUGGAACAAGCUGGACAUCUGUCCCUUGGAGGAGGGGAAUUACUCCUGUGACAGCACUGGAGCCAACAACACUUUGCCAUCAAAUCCAAACCGCAGUGCAGCUGGUGUUCGGCAGACAGUCUUUGGCCGUGCUAUCAAGGCUGCAGAGCUUCGCUGGGGUGAUUGUCACCUGCAGAAGAUCCUGAGCAGUGACUGCUAUGGUGUCUCCUUGAAGAGUGGAAGUGACAAGCUGGGCUUUGACCCCCAGGGCCAUCCGCUUUGGCUGGGUGAUGCCUUUCCCAUGGCCUGUGCUCGGGUGGAUGCCUUGCGCUCCCACGGCUACCCCCGUGAGGCCCUGCGCCUGGCCGUGGCUGUGGUCAACGCCAUGCGCUUGCAGCGACGGCAUCAGCUGGAGAGCUACAAGCAACAGAAGAAAGAGCUCUUGCACAAAGGCACAACCAGCAUCACCAACCUGGAGGGAUGGGUGGGGCACCCUCUGGACCCCAUUGGUUGCCUCUGCCGCACCUUUCUGGAGGCCUGCCGAAUGGAUGACGAUGGGCUGGCUCUUUACCCAGAUUCUGUGUCGGAGCCCAAGAAGGCCCUCUACCAGCACAUUCCAGUGCCCUCGAGUCCUGGCGAGUCGUACUUCAUGCUGGCUCUGGAGGUGGCACUCCUGGGACUAGGUCAGCAGCGGUCUAUGCCGGAGGGGCUCUAUGCCCAGGACAAGGUAGUGCGCAGCGAGGAGCAGCUGAUUGGGCUCCUGGAUGAGAUGGAGCUGGAUGAGCGGCUAGUACCCGUGCUCCGCAAGCAAGCAGCCCUCCUCCUGGAUGGAGGACCCUUCAGCGGAUUUGGGGAGGUCGUGUUCCGGGAGAGUGUUCCCAUGCACACGUUUGCCCGCUAUCUCUUUACUGCCCUGCUGCCCUAUGACCCUGAGUUGGCCUACCGCUUGGCGCUGCGAGCCAUGAGGCUCCCCGUGCUGGAGACGGUGUUGCCAGCCAGUGAUAUCCUGCACCAGAAUCCCCUGGACUCCAUGAUGGCCAACCGCUUCCCCCGCUGGUUCACCCUUGGCCACCUAGAGACGCGACAGUGUGAGCUGGCAUCAGCUAUGCUUACUGCUGCUAAAGGCGACCCCAACUGGCUGCGCAUGGUCCUAGGCUCCAUCCAGCAAAAUAUUCAUUCUCCAGCCUUGCUAUUCAAGCUGGCCCAAGAUGCCUGCAAGACUGCCACACCAGCCAACACUCCUCCAGACACCACCUUGUUGAACAUCUCCCUGGAGCUUGGCCUGCAGGUGAUGCGAAUGACCCUCAACACCAUGACCUGGCGUCGCAGGGAGAUGGUCCGCUGGCUGGUCAGCUGCGCCACUGAGAUUGGUGUCCAGGCCCUGAUGAACAUUAUGCAGAACUGGUACACUCUCUUCACUCCCAUCGAGGCCACGACCAUCGUGGCUGUGACAGGCACUACACACGCUACCCUGCUGAGGCUGAGCCUGAGCACGGGGCAACGGGAUGAGCUGUGCAGCUGUGCCCGGACGCUGGCGCUGCAGUGCGCCAUGAAGGACCCGCAGAAUUGUGCAUUGCCAGCUCUGACGCUCUGCGAGAAAAACCAUGCAGCCUUCGAGGCAGCCUACCAGAUCGUGCUGGAUUCAGCGGCCUCUGCCGGCAUGGGUCACUCCCACCUCUUCACUGUGGCCCGGUACAUGGAGCACCGUGGACUGCCCAUGCGUGCCUACAAGCUGGCCACCCUGGCCUUCUCGCACCUCAGUAUCGCCUUCAACCAGGACACCCACCCUGCCCUCAAUGAUGUCCUCUGGGCCUGCUCCCUCAGCCAGUCGCUGGGGAAGAACGAGUUGGCUGCCAUUGUCCCACUUGUCAUCAAGAGUGUGCAGUGUGCCCCCAUGCUCUCUGACAUCUUACACCGCUGGAGCCUUCCACCCCCAGGCCUUGCCUCCCUGGGUGCGGGACGCCGUGGGGCAGGCAGCGCCGGCGCUGGAGGGAAGCUGUUUGCGAUGGACAAGGCCCCUCUCUGCCAGCUCUUGGAGGCUGCCAUGGCCGCCUACAUCAGCACCACCCACUCGCGCCUCACCCACAUCAGUCCCCGGCACUAUGGCGAGUUUAUUGAGUUUCUGGGGAAAGCCCGUGAGACCUUCCUGAUGGCACACGAAGGGCACAUGCGCUUUAGCCAGUUCCUUGACAACCUCAAACAGACCUACAAGGGCAAGAAGAAACUUAUGUUGCUUGUGCGGGAGCGCUUUGGUUAGGGGCCACUCUGGGGAGGGCCUGCUUUGGCUGGGGGGGGGCACGUUCAGAGGGACACCCCUCUUUCCCCUUGAUCAAGAGAACUUUGGCUUGAAGGGCGUGGCAGAGAAAUCUCUUUCCCUUGGGGCACAAGUGCUUUGGGUGUGUGAUGAGGCAGAGUCUGGAUUUCUGCCUGGAGUCAGCAACCCUUUGCCUGGAGGUGGGAGCGCAGCAAGGUCUCGCCUCCCUUCAGAGGAGGUGCUCUACGGCUGUGGCAGAUGGCUCUGCGCUUCCCAUGGGGAUCAGGCUGGAGCCCCUUGCGGUGGGGAGGGGGGGUGUUCUGCAGCACCUGGGAUGGGCACAGCCUCUGUGUAAAGGCUGAAGCUCCAGCCCUUCCAUCGCCCCCUCCCCCUGUGGGGCAGGAAGGAAUUGCGCUUUGGCUCUAGGAGUUGCCGACUUCUUUUGUUAUGAUUAUUCUUCCAGUAUUAACUCACAGGACAACAACAACAGGAAUUCCCCACUUUGGUUGAAGGAUGCAAGGCCUGGCAGGGUCUUGCAAGUGGUGGGGGAUCCAGUCCCAAGGAAUUUCACAGCUGCUGUUCCCGUUUCAUAUUUCAAACCUAGUGAUGGUGGGGGUUGACUGAGGCCUCAUUUAUACAAGUUUGGGGGGGUGCAUGGAUAUACCUCCUCUUCUCUGCUGAGACCCCCUCAAGCUGUCUGUCCCCCUUUUUCCAUGGUCCCAAAUUCCUUGUGUUUGAAGUCUGGAGAUUCAGAAGAUGGGCUGUCCGGAGAGGACUGGAAUAUAUUGCCAACUGAAUUCUGAUGCCUCCUUGCACUUGAAAGCAUUUCCUUUGUGUUGAAAACAUCUGGUACAGAGCCCCUAGUGCCAGCAGAUGGAUGCCCUCACUGCUGGGGCGGCCUGGGACAUGCUGGCAUAAACGUUCUUAAGCAAGACUAGCCUGAUGGAACAACUUCCCACUGGGUGAUUGGCAGCAGAGUUACCCUCAGUCUGCUGGUAGCAGAUAGGGUACGUUCUGGGGUUUAUUUGGCUUAAUUUUCUGAAAGGGGUAGGCGGACCAGAUGUACUGAGCCCAGGAACCUGUUGUGCCUCUUUCAUGGAGCGGUACCUUUGGAAGAGACCUGAAGGGCAUCUUGCCCAGUACUCAUUGUGGGGUCUCCCACAUACAUUACAUUCCCACCACACUUUAACCCACCUGAUGCCAACUGCAGCCUAUCAAUCCAAGCAAACUGGUUCCUCCACUCAGUCUCCUAGUUCUUCAAAUUCCAGUUGUGCAGUUGGGAUCUAUCCUGCUCCCCAGAUUCUCCCAAGCAUGUCUCUUCCCACCCCAAACACUGCCUCCCACAUUUGUCAGUAUUUCAGCUUUCCUUGGCUAUGCUAAUCAGUUGCAGAGUGGCUCCAGACCCUGCUUGUGUGUGUGAGGGGAACCAAGGGCACUUGGGGGGGGGCAGUGUCCAUCCUAUAGUUGUCCCUCUAACUAAUUUUGUUUCCAGUUAAUGCCCCUCAGACUCCUACAACUGAAGGAUUCCCAUUCUCUGUCUCCUCCGGUAUAGAGUUCUGGAGCUGCUGGUGGAUAGACAGUUCAUACCUCAAACCUCCUCCCCUCUUUCGGCCCAGGACAAUGCUAUAAUGUGCCAGGCAUGCUGGAGAUGUUUUGCUCCUCCAGGUGGUUGUGUCAUAGCGAUCUGAGAAAUGUGCCCCCACAGCAACGCCUUGUGAUGCUGUGGGAGAUCUUUGGGCACACUUAUUGGAUCACAACCUGCUUUGUUGGCACUCGUAAACUCCUGUUCUCCUAAGCUACUGCUUGGAUUGCUUAUGUAGUUGGCCUGGCCCUGUGUAGGGGACGGGUGCUUCUUAUGGAGGAACUGGCGGGGGGGGGAGUUCCAAGUGGCCACUAGUGGGGUGCUGAAUGAUAUUUUCACAAACAUCCCACUCCAAAAUCCCACUUCUUUUCUGCUGGAUAUAAUCUACUCAGGAACAAACCACAACAAGCUCAUGCUACUAAUUAGAUUAUUGUGAAGACAAGAUAAUGUUUUAAAAAGUUAAUAUAUAUGAAGAGGCAAGGGGUCCGAAAGGGGCUCCUUUUUGUGCGCGUGGGGCCAGGGGGUGCUGUGUCCUGUGCUCGGUUCCCUCUCGGCCCUUAGUGUUGGUGGAGAUGUUGGUGUGUUGCACAGUUCCACUUUGGAGCCAGCUAGGCAGUUAGUUUUAAAGUUUCUGAGUUUAUUUCUUUGUUUCCCUGUAUUAAAAAAUACCUGUAAUUUUGUAAUUUUUUUCUAUUUAUUGAAUCAUUUAUUGUAUUAUUUUGUAAAAGGUUUAACAUAAACCGCAACAUUUGUUUUUUGGCUUCUCUUUUGGACAUGAUGUGUGUUUUGUUUUUCACAUGGUUUUCUCAAAUGAAUUGGCUCAUCUAAGUUAGCCUAAAUAUGUCACUCUGGCCCAGUAAAGGGACAACUAUCAUUUAAA